UCCCUCCCUCCCUCCCUCCUCCCGGGAGACCCAGCCGUCCGUCGGCGCCGCUUUUGGGCUUCCUGGAGCAGUUGAGCCGGCGCCCGGGAUCGGGGCUCCCUUCCCCUGGCCGAGCCGUGGGCAGCAGCAACCGUUGCCCGGGAGCACGUCGGAACAGAGCGCCCCGGAUCGGGGCUCCACACCCGGGAGGCGGCAAACCCGCGUCUGCCCCGGGGUCCUCCGGAUGGGGACCGGCGGGGCUUUCCCAGACACGCGACACGCAACCCGCGCACGUGUGAACGCCUGCAGGGAUCCGGGGACGAGGAGGCGGAGCGCGCGAGGCGCCGGCUUGUAGGUCUGCGGCGCCCCCGGGGUCCAGUCGAGGGGCGCCCGGCUGUCCUCCCCCCCCCCGCCCCCGGACGACCCUUCCCCACUCCUCCCAAACCCCCUCCGGGAUGGCGGCCAUCCAAGCCCUCCAGCAGUGGUGCAGGAAGCAAUGCGAGGGUUACAAAGACGUCCAAGUGACCAACAUGACCACCUCCUUCCGCGACGGCCUGGCCUUCUGCGCGAUCCUGCACCGCCACAGGCCGGAUCUGAUCGACUUCUCUGCUCUGCGCAAGGAAAAUGUCUUCGAAAACAACCAGCUGGCUUUCCAAGUGGCGGAGAAGGAGCUGGGGAUCCCAGCCUUACUGGAAGCGGAGGACAUGGUAGCGUUGAAGGUCCCCGACCGACUGAGCAUCCUGACCUACGUUUCACAGUAUUACAACUAUUUCCACGGUCGGUCUCCAAUUGGAGGGAUGUCGGGAAUCAAACGCCCCUCGUCCGACCCUGCUGAGCAGCCGGUGGAGAAGAAGGCUAUUUCUGAACCAGCCAUGCCAACCCCGGCCAAACCUCCUCGGAUCUACGUGCCUCCUGAACCCAAGAGAAACCCAGCCCCGCAAGGACGAAAUCUGGUGAAAGAAAACCCUCUGGCAAAUGAGAGACGGAUUUUGGUGGAGACGAGCAACACCCGUAGCAGUGAUUGCGCCAUCUGCGGCGCCCAUGUGCACCUGGUACAGCGCCACCUGGUGGAUGGGAAGCUGUAUCACAGGAACUGUUUCAGGUGCAAGCAAUGCUCCAACACGCUAACUUCCGGGGGCUACAAAGCUGGGACCGAGCCAGGCACACUCGUCUGCACGAGACACGAAGAGCAGAACCACCUCCGCGUUUUCCCACCUUCAAGGGCUGUCGGUGGGGAGAAUAAACCUACUGGUAUUGCCUCGGCUUCCAAGAGCCAUUUGAAAGGACCGGAAUCCAAGACACCAAUGCAGGAGGUCCUGAAAACAAACCAGGUUCCCAAACCUUGGGAACCUUCAGGAACAAAUAAAUUCAGCUCUGUUUCCCCCAGCCCUAGUUCAUGUUGCACGAAUCCCGUUGGGAAUAAAACGAACCAUCUUGAAGCUGCCCCUUCUCAUUGGACAGCGUCGUCCGCCAAGACGCAGCAGGCCCGAGAAAAUUUUUUGCAGUCCAGCGUAGGAGCUUCUGUCCUUCCCACAGACAAAGCGGAGCCAGCUAAAAAUCAUGUUUCUCCUUUUAAGACUCCCGAAUUCGCUGGGAAAACAAUAUUUCUAUCGAGGAUACAUUCGGGAAGCAGUGAGAAGGACAAAGCGCGCACUAUCCUUAUGCAAGCGUUACCUGGGGCUUCGGCGAACAGGCAAAGAGAUUCCCCCAGUGGGGCUCCCAGCUCAAGUGGGGUCCGUGGUGGGUGGUUGUCACCUGCCACCGCCGGCCUUCAGCACCCAGAGGCGAAGGAUGUCGUCAACCCCUCAAGACCCACCGGCAGGCCAAGCAGCUCGGAAAAACCAGGGCAAAUCCCCCCGAAAACCGCAGCCCCAAAUUCGCCCAAGGACCUGUGCCCCACAGCAGGGACGGGUACCCAGAAUGCAGCCAAGGAUCAUCCCGUUAGCAGACCUGCAGAGGCGAGGCCGAAAGCAGAUAUUACGGUCCCCAAAGUUACAGAAGAUAAGUCGGAGAGCCCCGCAGACUGGCGGUCGAGGCUUCUUUCUCACACAGUUACGGAAGAUAAGUCGGAGAGCCCCACAGACUGGCGAUCGAGGCUUCUUUCUCACACAGUUACGGAAGAUAAGUCGGAGAGCCCCGCAGACUGGCGAUCGAGGCUGAAGCCGGUGGGAAACAAAUAUCCCUGCCCAGGAGAUGCCCGAAACUCUCCGAAACCCACGGAUGCCCACAAACUCGUUAUCAACGUAGCCCCGAGCUCGGCACUCAAAGACACAAAACCUGCUUUUCCGAAGUUGCCCCCGACCAGUCAUAACCCUGCACCAUCCGCUGAUCAGCCCCAGAAAAAGAAACUGUUAGUGCCCACUUUGGAGGUCACGAGCGGCUGGCAGAAACCCAGGCAACCGUGGGAAGAUGCUCCAGGUCUCCGGAAGGUGGAGGAGUCAGGCUGGCCAAAGAAAGCCACUGCGUCUGUUAAACCUUCGGCUCCUGAACCCUUCCGGAAGCUUCCGAAGAGUCCUGCGGUGUCUCCUUCCAAGCUCUCCUCGGAUUAUAUUCCCGAGGAGGAGAUCCAAAAGGAGGUCCAGCAGAUCGAGAGAGAUUUGGACGACCUAGAACUGAAAGGGGUGGACAUGGAGAAGCAGCUGCGGAUGUGCGAGGGAGAUGACCGUGAGGAUGCCCUGAUGGUGGAGUGGUUCAAACUUAUCCACGAGAAGCAGCUACUCUUGAGGCGGGAGUCCGAGCUGAUGUACAGGUUAAGGCAACAGAAGCUAGAAGAGAAGCAGGGGGACAUUGAAACUGAGCUUCGGAACCUCAUGAAUAAACCCGAAGCUCUGAAGACCUCCAAAGACAAGGCCCGAGAGGAGGAACUUCUCAAAUCCUAUCUGGCCAUUGUUGAUGGUCGGAACGAAAUUGUGGAAAACCUGGAUGAGGACCGAAUCAGGGAGCUGGAAGAGGAUAAGGAGAUGGCGGCCCUGAUCCAAAAGCUUGAUGUGCCUCGCAGCAACCACGAAGGGGAAAAGAAAAGUCAAAAAGCCAAAUUCGGCUUGUUCAAAAUCCUGCAACUGAAAAUCAAGAGCUAGACUUGCGGGUUUGUGCCUGUGGAGGUCGAGGGACAAAUUCUGCUGCUGAAAAAUCUGAGGCCUGCCUUCAAGAGUCUAACCCUACCCUGCUUGGAAAUGACAGAAGGACAGAAGGCUGUAGGGUAAGGGGCGAUUUAUAGGGCAGAAUGUGGAAUCCCUCCUGCUUUCCAAGGACCAGUAGCAACUUGCUUGUUCAUCUGAGUUUUUCCUUGGCACCUGGAUUUUGUGGGAAUAACCUCGGUCUGCGAGAUUUGGUGAGUUAAGUCCCUUGCGUGGCCAUAAAACCAUGAGGAACACUGGUCUUGCAAGACUUUGCCUGAAACUAGAAACUACGGGAAUGAAAACGGCAGCCACCAUCUCUGCAGAUUCUUUGUGGCACCAAAGUACUACGUAACCCAUGAUGUGGUGCGAUCAUGCCAUACCUUUCCUGUCCCCUGAUGUGUCACGGCAACGUUUGGGCUGCUCGCCAAAAUGCAACAUCUGCUCGUAUGUUUUGCAAGACUAGAUAUCCCCGAAUGUUGAUAUUUAAGUGCCUUGUCUAAUCCCGUCCUUGGCAAAAUGGCCGCUCUUUGGCCACUUCCCCUUCUGAGGGGAAAAGAAGAACCUUCCGCAUGAGGAAGGUUGAUGGCUCCUUCCUCGAAGAGCUACGGUGAUAGUUUUCAAAACUGUGGUUUGGGGAACCCAGUAUUUGUCCGAACCUUAUCACGGUUCCUUGGCGAGGAAAACAGCCUGGGAAGAUAACUCGCCCACCGAUUUUAGGCUUGGAGAAUGGAAUGCUAUUUUCAUCUCAGAGGACGUUCGUGCCUUUAUGUCAGCAAUGGACAGAUUUAUUAUUAACCCAAUGGCCACAUUUUAAUCUCUGCUCGUUUCGGAGGGUUCCGGAUUGGGACGCAGCACCCAGCGCUGGCACUGGGGAAAGGAAAUGCACUCCUCCCGCCCGGAGCCUUCCAAAGCGGGCCAAGACUGUCUCUCCCAGCUCACUUCUCUUAGUGGCUUUUGGCCCUCAAACUGGUUAAUGGUUUCUUUGGGGAGUAUAAACGUCUUUCUGGUUAUGAGUCCUGGGACCCUGGCAUUACCCAAAAAGCUACUGCGAAUUCUCCCUCGGGUGGCUACUUUCCUGCCUCCCCUUUAACAACCUGUGGCUGUUACAGCCUUCCGGCAACAUUCCCCUCUCUUUCGCCCUGGUGUGUAAGAAGGGGGAACCAUACCUGUUGAAUUUCCGCCUGUUCAGCAACAGCGUAGAGGCACAAGGCCUUAGGUAGAGAAACAGCAGCAACACCCAUGUUGCGGGAUCUGUGGUUGUUUGCUGAGUUGGGUGGAACGAGGUGUCGGCAGCCAAAGGUUUGUAUGUUUCUUGGCCACUUUCUACCAGUGAAGGAACUUUCCUGGGAACUUUCUGACUUUUUUGUCUUGACGCCAUUGCUGUAUUGUGGCCACCUGCAUGGCAAUGAUGAAUUUACAUCUCAUUGAGGUCCUGGUUGCCCCGAUCUGGAUCAUAGAACCAUACAGUUGGCGGAGACCCCAAAGGCCAUCAAGCCCAACCCCCUGCAAUGCAGGAACACACAAUCAAAACACUCCUGACAGAUGGCCAUCCGGCCUCUCUUGAAAAACCUCCAAAGAAGACUCCACCACCCUCCGAGGUAGUGCAUUCCACUGUCCAACAGCCCUGACUGUCAGGAAGUUCUUCCUGAAGUUUAGGUGGAAUCUCUUUUCCUUUAGCUUGAACCCAUUUCUCCGGGUCCUGGUCUCCCCUGCCCUAUCUGCUCUAAAAGUCUCUCAGGAAGCCUCGGUGUUACGGGCCAGGGGUUUAUGCCAACCUGCCCCUUGUUUGAUUUUUGCCAGGCACAUGUGUCACCAGACAAUUCUCCAAGCCCGUUUGUGGGCCGACCCCUGAUGUGAAUAUUUUCUCGUCCACCAGGUGGCAGUGCGGUCCCCGGCAAGUCCCUUUCGCCUACCAUAGAGGGAAUGGUUCUGUUUUAGUUUUAAAAGUGUUGGGGGGGGGGGACUCAGGAAGCUUAUUAGAAUCCAGGGGGGAGGAGGAGCCCCAAGGAAAGGCAGAAAAAAGAGACGGGAGAGUGAGAAGGGAAAAAAACAUUGACGCGUGCGUCUGUGUCGUUAGGCUGUUGAUAUUGCGACCGGCUUUUAUUUUUGCACUUGUUUGUAUUAAAUCAAGAAUGAUUUAAACAGA